AUGGAGUUCUAUACUGAUAGUACUCCAGAAGCAGUAAAAAAUGCAACAGGCCUUCAUCUAAUCACCGAAGCUACACCAAACGGUAAAAAAGUGCAAAUAAUGCUUGAAGGACUGAAAGAUGAAGAUUGGUUUCUGCGUUUGAAUCCUAAGGGACGGAUUCCACUGCUGUUAGAUAAUACGCUGACGCAGCCCUUUCCGGUCAUGGAAUCAUCUGCAGAGCUUUCAUAUCUCUCUGAUAACUUCAAUAAGGAUAAUUUUUUUGGAUUUGACAAUAAACAUGAACAUAGCGAAGCGGUGCAAUGGCUCUUUUUCUGGCAAGCAUCAGGCCAACCAAAUCAAGGACAGAAUAAUCAUUUCAGUAAAUCCGCACCUGAAAAGAUCCCCUGCGCCAUUUCACGUUUCAAAACGGAGACACUCCGCAUUUACAACGUACUCGAGCUUCGUCUCUCAGGACAUUACACAGCCAUUCCACGUCAAUACCUCGCGGGAGCAGGAAAAGGCAGAUACAGCAUUGCUGAUAUUGGAACGUGGCCGUGGGUCCGAUCAUGGAAGUAUGCAGGGUUCACCGAUGAGGAGAUGGCGGAUUUCCCACAUUUGCUACAGUGGGUUGCUCGUAUUCCUGAUAGACCGGCGGUUCAGAGAGGGAUCUCGGAAUUCUAUGAUAGUGGGGAGAAUUCGGCUUUGCGGGUAUCGACGAGAGGGUAG